AUUUCAUUAUUCAAAAACCAAACACAAAUAACAAAAUGAAAAUGAAGUUCUGGUCACGACCAACGUUUCUUAUAAUUAUUAUCUAUCUCAUAACAAUUCAACGAGUCAACUCAUCACCACCUUCAUUAUCUGUACCGGAGCAUUUUCUCCGAUGUCUCGACACUCAGCCGUCCGACCACGGCAGUCCCAACUCCAUAACCGCCGUGAUCCCCACAAACUCAUCUUUCUCAACAAAUCUAAUGAACGGCGUUAGAAACCUCCGGUUCGCUUCUGCCUCCACAAGAAAACCAGAAGCCAUCGUCGCCGCCGUAACCGAAACCCACAUUAGAGCAACAAUCUCCUGCUGCAAACUCCUAAACCUCGAGCUAAGAAUCCGUAGCGGUGGCCACGACUACGAAGGCUUCUCCUACACUUCUCCGGUACCAUUCGUAAUCUUAGACAUGUACAACUUCAACAAAAUCGAUAUCAACAUGAAAGACGAAACCGUUUGGAUCCAAUCUGGAGCCUCACUAGGUCAGCUUUACUACAACAUUGCAAGCAAAAGCAAAGUCCACGCUUUUCCCGCCGGAGUUUGUCCUAAAGUCGGCGCAGGAGGACAUUUUAGCGGCGGAGGAUUCGGUAACCUCAUGAGAAAAUACGGUUUAUCGAUUGAUCAUAUAAUCGACGCUCAAAUCAUGGACGCCAAUGGUAAAGUCUACCGUAACCGUCAAGCUAUGGGAGAAGACGUGUUUUGGGCUAUUCGCGGCGGAGGCGGAGGAAGCUACGGCGUCAUUCUUGCCUGGAAGAUUAAGCUCGUUAGGGUUCCGGAGAAAGUCACAGUUUUUAAACUAGAACGAACGGUGAGAGAAGGUGCCGUUGAUUUAGUUCACAAAUGGCAAGAAGUAGCUCCGGUUAUCGAUAGAGAUUUGUUUAUCCGGUUAGAGAUUAAACCGAUAAACCGGAAAAUCUCUAAAGGUAAGACGAUCAAAGUCUCCUUCAUAGGAAUGUUUCUUGGUUUACCUGAGAGACUUCUUAACAUAACAAAAGAGAGUUUCCCGGAGCUACAUUUAACGAAAUCAGAUUGUAUGGUCAAGAAAUGGAUCGAUUCUACGGUUUUCUGGGCGAAUUACCCCGAAAAAGCACCGAUAGAGAUACUUAACAAAAGAGUAUCAACCAAUGAAUACUACUGGAAACGUACUUCAGAUUUUGUUCAAACACCAAUCUCAAAACAGGGUCUUGCAAAGAUUUUUCAAACAAUGAUUGAUCAUUCGCCACUUCCACGACGAGUUUGGAUGCAAUGGAAUGCAUGGGGAGGGAAAAUGGGGGAGAUUGCGUCUGAUGCGACACCGUUUGUGCAUAGAGGUGGUAACAUUUUCAUGAUUGAGCAUUUCAUGAAUUGGUAUAGACCUGGAGAUGAGCUUGAAGAGAAGUUCUUGGCCAUUGCAAGAAGUUUUAAAGAAGCUAUGGCUCCGUUUGUUUCGAAGAAUCCUAGAGAAGCUUUCUUUAAUUACCGAGACGUUGAUAUCGGAAUUACGACGCCGGGAUAUAAUGCGACGUAUGAAGGAGCUAAGGUUUAUGGGGACAGUUAUUUCAAAGGGAAUUAUUUGAGAUUGGUUAAGAUUAAAGCCCGGUUCGACCGGACUAAUUUUUUCCGGUCUCAGCAAGGGAUUCCGGUUCUUGCUUAGUUUGGUGAUUGGUGAGUGUUUGAUUUUAUUGUAUUGUUGUGGGGGAGGGAGUAUUAAGUUAUUGAAAGUUGAAAUUUGGGAUUCAAUGAAUCUAUAUAUUGGGCAGUUGAUAAUUUUGUGUUGAAUAAUGGUUUAUUUCAAUCUCCAAGAGAAGUCAUGUAAUGAAAUCUAUAAUAAAAUGGAAUUGUUUCU